CUCCGUCUCUGCGCCCAGAACCGGCGCACUCCGCCUCUCAUGGUCCUGCUCCCGGGGACAUCAGCGCACCAUGCGGCUGCUCGGCGUCUUCACUCUGCUGCUGCUCUCCCUCAACUCAGGGCUGGCUCUGCAGAUCCAGUGCUACCAGUGUGAGGAGACCACCCUGGACUGCUCCACCCCCCCGUUCAUCGCCAACUGCACCGUCAACGUGCAGGACAUGUGCCAGAAGGAGGUUCUGGUGAAGGCUGAUGGGAUACACUACCGCAAGUCAUGCGCCUCAUCAGGAGCCUGUCUCAUCGCUUCUUCUGGCUACCAGCAGUUCUGCACCGGCAAGCUGAACUCAGUGUGCAUCACCUGCUGCAACACGCCGCUGUGUAAUGGACCGCGGCGAGGGAAACGACCCCAAAUGUCGGCUGCCGUUACCUUGAACACACCGCAACUCCAUGUGUUUUCUCUUUGCAUCCUCCUCCUACUGCCCUCCACCCUGUGCUGACAGACCUCCACACACUGUGUGAGAUGUGCAUUGGCAGUGGAGACAACAUGAACUGUAUUAACUGAAACAGUUGAGAGCGCUUUCUGUGAAAUAUAUUUUCUUUGAGGUUGGGGAAGCUUUGCAAAGUAUUUGUUCUCUUGACUUGCUUUCCGUCGCAGCUGGCGUCCAAAGGGUCAAAUUGUGAAAUAUUAUCAUCACGUGUUCAUGCAACAAACAAGGUAAUCUGCAAGGACAGUUGGGUAGGGGGGGAUGGAGGACGGUGCCGUGGAACAGCUUCUGGCUAUUUUGUUGGGCAGCAGGUGGCUCAUUCACAUCUGUCUUUGUUUACUUAAAAAUACGACAUAUUGAAGGUAAUAAAGGAAGGUCAGAUUCAUCAUACAGAGGCUUAGGAUAACUUUAGAAUAAAUAAGUCUUUGAUUUAUUCUAAAUGAGAUCCGUAACCGUGAGCAAUCACCAAUUUGCUGUAAUGAGGAACUGAAAAUGUAUCAUAUGUAUGACAAUGAUACGAUUUAAUGAUUUGGAAAAUUAAGUCAGGAAAACGUCUUCGGAUGAAGGAAAACAUGUGCUAGUUAUUAGAAUAAAGCCACCUACAGCCCCCAUAGCUCUCACAUAUACAUCAUCUUAUCAGUAGACCCAUAAAAAAGUACUUUUCUCAAAACUCUCCUCCAAUGGUUUUGUAACAAACA